AUGGACACUCAAUACAUCCAGAUGAGAGUCAUAUGUCUUCUGUGUUUUUGGACUAUGGGUUUAGCAAUGGAUCUUCGAUGCAAUGAUAUGUAUGAGAAAGAUGGCAGAUGUUGUGGACUUUGUCCACCAGGUUUGUUUUUAGCCUCUAACAACAACUCAGUAGACUAGUGACCAUGGGAUUAAACAACUGAACAUAUGAUAUAAAAUAAUUAUACCAAUUUAAAUCCUUUUUAAAAUUAUUAUUAUUAUGAAAAAGUAUGUAUGUAAAUGUUAGUUGGACCCUGCGUGACGAUUACUUGAUGUAUAAGAUGAUAUCUAAAGUAAUAUUGAAUGAGUGUUUCUGUAAAUGGUAGUGAUUAUGAUAUCCAAUCCUGUCUUGGUUCAUAGGCACAUUUUUGAAGAAGCACUGCACCGCUCAGGCUGAAACCGACUGUGGUGACUGCCCAGCGGGCUCCUACUCUGAGUUCAGUGACCGCCUAGAGAACUGUCAACCAUGCCUCAAAUGCCAACAUGGUAAGGGUUAAGAUGAGAGGUGACAUAAACAAAACAUUAUAUUGUUCUAGCUCUGAAAAACAUUUAGAUUGUUGAUGGACCCUAAAUGGUCAAAACAAGUAAUGAUCCUAUAGGAAAGAAAGAAUGACAGGAAAGUGGUGGCUUCUGGGGCUCACACUGUUCAUGUCAUAGUUUGGAAAUCCCUCUACUGAUUUAUUGAACUCUCAUCUAUUUGUUUCCUUUCUCUCUUUGCUUUUCUGGGCAGUCUAUACAAGAGCAUGCAACUUAACCGCUAAUGCAAACUGUUCGUGUGACUCUGGUUUCCUGUGCUCAGACUAUGUCUGUUCAAAAUGUGAAAAAGAAAAGAAAUGCCACAAGGGAGAGGAAAUGAAGAGGACAGGUAAGACGGUCAUAUAUUUUCCUUCCUCAUUACUUGUCACUGACUAUUUACAAAUGCAGCGAAAUGAUCAACAGGCAUGUCCAUACCACUGCUAACCUGAAGUCUGUUUUCCAAUGGCAGGUUCCAGGGAAUACACUUGGAAAUGUGUCCCAUGUCCUAAUAACACAUACUCUGACACUGAACAGGGUCACUGCAAACCAUUGACACAGUAAGAACACUGUUUUGAAAAAUAUCCAAAUAUCACUUCAUCUAUCGUAUGAAAUGUUUUUAGAGGAUCCUAAAUAACUUGUAAUACCUUGUCACCAACAGGUGUGGUACACAUGGACUUGUUGUGAUCUUCGCUGGGAACAAGACCCAUAACUCAAAAUGUGGUAUACAUGGUAUGUUGGCGAUUACAGUCAAACAAUCCAUAGGUAUUAGAAAUGUAUUUGGGUUCUAAUCAUUUUUACUGUUUAUCAGCGCUAGGAAACAAAGAGGACGGGGCUUCCAUUUGGAACAUUGGCUUCUUCUUCUUUGCUAUCACCUUCCUGGUGUUCAACACUCUUGCCUGCAUCAGGAAAAUCAGGCACAAGUCUAAAGCUAGUGAGUACCACAGAGUUGGUUAAGUCAUUGAUACUGUGUGCCGGUCUAUUUGGAAUACUUUGGAACACAUAGCAUAGGAUACAAUUUAUUCUCAAAUGAAUUACAGUAUUCAGAUGUAAAGUUCAAGUUCAAGUACUGAUGUGUUAAAAAACAGCCUUCAGUGAACUGCCCUGCUACAAGAAUUUCCAUCACUUCUCCAGAUAUACAUGGUUGCCCGCUGUCAAAGGAGGAGAGUGGAGGCCAACUCAUCCAGCAGGCUGAAACCAAGGACAAUGCCAGCAAGAAUCUGCUGUCCAUGGCGAGCAUCUCCACUGUGUGA